AUCACCGCAGCAAUUACAACUUCUUGGGUUUUUAAGUACCUUGCGCUGUAUCCUGAUACUCAAGAGAGAGCUUAUCAAGAAAUCAAGGAAAAUUAAGUGGAUGGAGAAGUGAAGCUGAAUGAUGUCUCCAAACUUAUUUACAUAGGGAUGAUCAUCAAAGAGACCCUAAGACAUGUUGCAAUCCCUCUUACAAGCCGAAACCUCACGGAAGACGUCAAAGUUCGCGGCAAUAUGACUAUACCAGCAGGAACGAACGUUGUCAUGUGCUUUCAUGAGCUCCACCACGAUUCAAAGUACUGGCAGAGGCCCGGGGAGUUUUACCCAGAGCAUUUUUCACCCGCCAAUGAGAGACGCAGACCUAAAGGCGCAUUCAAUGCAUUUUUGAGUGGACCUAGAAUCUGUCCAGGAAACAAGUAUGCAAUGCGGGCAAUGGUAUUCCUGAUCGCAAGCACUUUGCUGAGGUACAAGUUCUCAAUUGACGAAAAGCCGCCAAAAGAUCUGAGAGAGAUGGAGUAUCGUUUCGUUUUCAUGCUUUAUCCUCUUUCUGGAUUCCGAGUAAAAAUACAGCAAAGGUGAUAAAUGUAUGCUUUCUUCCUCACAAAAUGAGCUUUAUUCAUAGACAUUAGGAAGGAACUUAAUUUGUUCUUUGCGCGAGUAAGCGUAGCAUGAUCAAACAUGACCUAUAAUAAUAAUCGAUCCAGUUCUCAAAAAUGAAUUGCGUUUAGUGAAGAAGAAGCAAGCCAAAUCAAGUAAGAGCCGAAAGAGACAAAGGUCCUAAGUUUCAUUCCCCUGUAAAACUUAUAAAUAUAAAUGAUUUGACUCCUCUUUCCCAAUUCAAUUCAAUAUUUCCUCAACUUCGAUUUUGUUCUUAAGAAAUUGUCCAGCUAGAUGAGCUUUCAAAAUUACUCUUAACUUUUUUUUUGCUUAUAUUCGAUUUGAUUCCGAUCUGUUUUUAGUCUGGUCCAAAUGCGAAUUUGAGUUUUCAAACGCGAGCAGCUUUUAUGACACGGACAUUUUUUUCUAAGUAAAAUCAUACACAGAUUCAUUUCAAGAUGCUAAACAGCUAACGGAAGUAAAAGUCAUUUCUAAAUUUUUUUACUGCUUAAGGUGGAUUACAUUUCUCAACAAAAAGUUUCUUUUGGCUCUUAACUCUUUACAAUAUCUAGCCUCUGACAAUUCACCAAUCUCAUACCAUAUCUUUGU